CAAUAGUAUGAAGGCAAAACUGAAAAUCCGCACAAGGAAAGGCCCCUAAUUUCUCAUUCAGUUGAGCACAUCAAAACUCUUUCUAUGCACAAGAACAGAGUAUAAAACUUAGCAAAUCCAACCUCAUUCUGCCACGUGUUAGAAUCCCACCUGAUGUCAGAUCCGUACCCUUCUCAUUUUUCAUGCGUAUAAGCCUCUUAUAUAUACAAGUACUUCAUUUCUAACAUGUUUUAGGACUCUGUCUCUCUUUCUGAAAAAACGGAGCCAAUGGAAGCCUUUGUAAGAUCAUCUACAACCUUGUUUCCAAAGGCUAAUAUUAUUAACAAACCUCUGCCUCCCUUAAAAUCUCUUCUGGGGCGAUCUGACAUUUGCUUUCUAAGGUCUUUGAACUCCAAUGUACAUGUUCAUCUGCUUCGACACAAAGCUCUUCAAUUGGUUGCUCCUUCUCAAACAGAGGUGGUUUUAACAACGUCGGAGACAGCAGGAAUUGGGAUCCAAACAACAGAGACAGCAGAAACUGUUCAUGUUCAAUUCCAAUUGCACAAGGAGUGCAACUUUGGUGAGAGUUUCCUCCUGGUGGGAAAUGAACCUAUCAUGGGAGAGUGGAACCCUGCAAGUGCUAUACCUCUGAACUGGUCAGAUGGAAACAUUUGGACCGUUGAGCUGGAUAUGCCAGUUGGCAUAGCAGUCCAAUACAAGUUUAUACUGAAAAAAAUCACAGGAGAUCUAUCGUGGCAACCCGGUCCAGACCGAAUUCUUCAUACCUGGAACACCAAGAACAAUAUAGCCAUUGCUGAAGACUGGAAAGAUUCUGAACUUCAGAAAAUUAGUGAAGUGCAAAUUAUGAAUCAAAACGAGGCGCUACUUGUAAACCCCGGCUUGGGACCAAUUGUUCCUGGGAAUGUGACUCUUCCCGGAGAAGAAUCUAUGCUGAAUGUGAACAAGGGUGCAAAAGUUUCAGACAAGAUUGCCUCUGCAGAUGACAAGCCAACAUUUAGCAGCAACAAUGAGUUUGUUCUUGAAGAGAAGGCUAUCAAAUCAGCAGAUGGAACUUUGCUUGGUAUAAGAAAGGAGGUACGUGUUUCAGACGAUGGUAAGUACGUCAUGAAAGAGGAAUCUAUAGGGAAGAUAACCCCGUCAACAGUAACAAGCAAGAUUCCGGGAAGUGUGGAAGAUGAAGAGACCGUGCCUACUUAUGGAGGCAAUAUUCUGGUGCCUAGUUUGACUCCAAUACAAGGGGUGCCUUAUGAAGAAACAGUACCCAAAGAACUUGGAAAACCAAUAUCUUCUAAAGAAACACUACCCAAAGAACUCGAAAAUUCGAUGGCUUCUAAAAAAGCACUUCGAAAAGAACUUGGAAUAUCAAUGUCUGCUCAAGAAGCACUUCCAAAAGAACUUGGAAUAUCAAAGUCUUCUGAAGAAUCACUUCCAAACGAACUCGGAAGAUACAUGUCUUCUGAAGAACCACUUCCAAAAGAACUCGGAAGAUCCAUGUCUUUUGAAGAAGCACUUCCAGAAGAACUCGGAAUAUCCAUUUCUUCUGAAGAAGCACUUCCAAACGAACUUGGAAAAUCAAUGACCUCUAAAGAAGCACUUCCGAAAGAAGUUGGAAGAUCGAUGUCUUCUGAAGCAGUACUACCCAAAGAACUCGGAAAAUCCAUCACUAGUGAUGGGUACAAUUCGGAUUGAUUCAACAGAGGAACACAGUCCUCGAUGAAUCCAGUCUCUCUUUUCUUUACCUGUUUUUGCUUACAACUUUGUUUCUGUCUCAUUUGGAGACUGGAGAUCAGAAACCGGCUAUGAAACUGUAAAUAUGGCUUUCAGCAUUUGGUUGACAGCCUCUUCGUUUGAGUAUGCUUUCACCUCGAGCAGGUAUUUUUUGUUUUUACCUAUAUAUAACAACCUACUUGGUGAUUACAAUUCUACAGAUUUUGUUGCAUUUG